AUGGCGUCCCCAAAGAGCAACUCAGACAUCGCCGAGAAUUCUGAGGGUAAAACCCAGCUUAGCUGCUCGGAUGAGACUUCGGGUGGCCUGGCGGACAUAGAGACAGUUUCCCAUAGCGAAUGCCAGGGGCCAGAAGUGAGUCCUAGAGCAAGCAGUGCCACGGGAGUGAGCAGGGUUUCCUGCCCUCGCGGUACUGACCUCGAAAAUCCUGGUGAUGGUUAUCAGGGACACAGUGGUGACAAAGAUGGCCAUGUUCCCGACGACGAGGGUCACGAGGAUGAUGAGGGCGCUGACAUUUUAAUCAGCACGGUGGGAAGCUUGGUGAGCCAGCAAGACUUGCAGGGAGGUGAGGCUGCUGCAGACGAGCAGGGCGCAGACGAGCAGGGAGCACGAAACUUCUACUGCCACCGAGAGGCGGAGGCCUGGGAGGAUGUAGAUGAGCAGGAAGUAGAAGACCACUUCCGCCUCCCAGACUUGCAGGCCCGUGAGGUUGUGUCUGAGAGGGACGAAGGGCCCGAGGCACAUGAACAGUCCAGUGCGGGCACCAGUGAGCUAUGUGAUACUGAACAAGAUCGAUUGCUACAGGAAUGGUUGGCCCUCGAGACCUCUCCUCUCCCGAGACCUCGAUGGAAGGUCCUUGAUGCGCUGCGCGAAAGGCAGCUGGGUUCAAGUGCCCGCUUUGUUUAUGAUGCCUGUGGGGCAAGACUAUUUGUGCAGCGCUUCUCCCUCCAGCAUGCUUUUGAAGGCCAUGACGGAUGUGUCAACACUGUGCAUUUUAACCAACAUGGCACCCUGCUGGCUAGCGGCAGUGAUGACCUAAAAAUGAUCGUGUGGGACUGGCUUCAUCAACGACCGGUACUGAACUUUGUUAGUGGCCACAAAAAUAAUAUCUUACAUGCUAAAUUCCUCCCUAAUUGUAAUGAUGCCGUCCUAGCCAUGUGUGGCCGUGAUGGGCAGGUACGCCUUGCACAGCUGUCUGCUAUGCCAGGCACUCAGAUGACUAAACUUUUGGUGAAGCAUGAGGGAGGAUCUCAUAGAUUGGCUUUGGAGCCAGACUCUCCCUUUAGGUUCUUAACUUCAGGGGAAGAUGGGGUUGUUUUCAGUAUUGACCUCAGACAGGCCUGCCCAGCUUCAAAGGUGGUGGUAACCAAAGAUUCUGAUAAGAAAGUGGGGUUGUAUUCAAUCUUUGUGAAUCCUUCCAAUUUCUACCAGUUUACUGUAGGUGGGCAAGAUCAGUUUGUGAGAAUUUAUGACCAAAGGAAAAUUGAUGAGAAUGUCAACAAUGGAGUACUCAAAAAAUUCUGCCCACAUCACCUUUUAGGUUAUGAUUACCCAGCAUAUAUCACCUCUGUGAUAUAUAGUUAUGAUGGCACAGAGCUCCUGGCUAGCUACAAUGAUGAAGAUAUUUACAUUUUCAACUCUUCUGAUAGCGAAGGAGCUCAAUAUGCUAGGAGAUAUAAAGGGCACAGAAAUAAUACCACAGUAAAAAGUGUAAAUUUCUAUGGCCCCAGAAGUGAAUUUGUGAUGAGUGGUAGUGACUGUGGGCAUAUCUUCAUUUGGGAAAAAUCAUCCUCCCAGAUUGUUCAGUUCUUAGAGGCAGAUGAAGGAGGAACAACAAACUGUAUUGAUCCCCAUCCUUACCUACCUGUGCUUGCAUCCAGUGGCCUAGACCAUGAAGUCAAGAUCUGGGCACCCACAGCUAAAUCUUCCACAAACCUUACAGGGUUAAAGAAUGUGGUUAAAAUUAAUAAACUGAAACGAGAUAGUUUUAGCUUGCAAAACACUUCCCUGUUUGAGAACCACAUGCUUUGGUUCCUCAUGAGUCACCUGACACACACAAAUUACCAACACAGUUGGAGAGGUAUUAGAUUUGAAGUUGGAGGAGGAGGUGCCAGUGACUCUUCUAGUAUGUCUGAGGAGGAACCAAACCGAGAAGAAUCACAGUGCCGCACAUCCUAG